AUGGACUUGGGAGCUAAAGAUGAAGAGGAGGAGAGUCUGCAAACAGCUUUCAAGAAGCUGAGAGUGGAUGCAGCAGGAUGUGUCGCAGCUCUGUCGGUGGGCGAGGGGCCGAUGCCGAGAGCGGCGCUGGAGGGAGCCAAGCAGCAGCCUGCCUGCCCGAAGGACACGUGGCUCGGGUGUGUGAGAAAGCCUUCCAGAGGCUCGGCACGAGUCCCCCGUCGCAGACGCUCCAAGUCUCCCGUGCUGCACGCUCCCAAGUUUACCUAUUGCAGUACAAAAGCCAACAGCCAGCUGAAACACAGAACCCAGGCAGACGCCCCGGGCAGCGUCGGUUCGGAGGCUUUUGCUGCAGCAGAACCCGGUACGAAGGACAGGCAGGAUUCUCCCCCGGCGGCCAGCGAUG